CCGGGACGCGCGGGGCUUUGCGCGCAGCAAGCGCAGCGCCUUUGGAGAGGUUCCGGGUCGGGAGGGCUGGAAGAUGGCGGCGCCCAUGGAGCUGUACUGCUGGGCCGGCGGCUGGGGCUUGCCCUCCGUGGAUCCCGACUGCCUGACCGUGCUGACUUACGCCCGAUUCACAGGAGCGCCUCUCAAGAUUCACAAAAUCGCCAACCCGUGGCGAAGCCCGUCAGGGACCCUCCCAGCACUGAGGACCAAGGACGAGGGCAUCCUCUCGGAGACGCACCAGAUAAUUACCCAUCUCAGGAAACAGAAAUUCAACGCCGACUAUGACCUCUCAGCUCGGCAGGGGGCCGACACCCUUGCCUUUGUGUCUCUGCUGCAGAAGAAGCUGCUGCCUGUAUUGAUUCACACGUUCUGGGUGGACGCCAGAAACUAUGUGGAGCACACGCGGAAAUGGUACGCAGAGACCAUCCCCUUCCCUCUGAACUUCUUCCUGCCGGGCCGCAUGCACAAGCGGCAGCUUGAGCGGCUGCAGAUGAUCUGCGGGGAGAAUUGCCUGGAGAAUGAGGAGGCGCUAGAGAAGGAGGUGACCCAGCAGGCAGAAGACUGUUUCAAGCCCACGCUCUACGGUCCCCGAACGGGGUGGGGAUUUUGGGGUGCCCCAUUUUCUUUCUCUUUCAGGCCAGCUUCCUUGGAUGCCUUCGUCUUCAGCCACCUGGCCCCGCUCCUGAAGGCCAAACUGCCCAACGGGAAGCUCCAGCAGCACUUGAAGGCCUUGCCCAACCUCUGCGAUUACUGCACGGCCAUCUUGAGUCUCUACUUCCCCUGGAAUGAAGGGGAUCCACCACCGCCAGUCCCCAAGGCGGCUACCGGCGAGGAAGCCGAGGAGGACCCCUACAAGCGCCGCAACCAGAUCCUGUCCGUGCUGGUGGGGCUGGCGGCCAUGAUCGGUUACGCUUUCCUCAGCGGCAUUGUCUCCGUCCAGAGGCAGGCGGUCAGCCAGUUACGGCCUCGUGCCAUCGCCCUGGAGGAGGAAGAGGAGGAGAAAGAAGAGUGACCCACACAGGCCGAAGACGUCGUGCGCCACCGUCGUUCCACAAACUGUUUUGUACCUGACUGGCCCUGGCCCGCCCCCUUCCUCUGACUCUUUCCACUUAUUCAUUCCAGAACCCAGCAGGGAGGGGGGUGGUAAUAAAUCCACGUGACUUCUCUGCGUUCA